CACUUUGUUUACAACUGCAGCUAACUUCACUUCAUUGCAAAAAAAAAACUAGAAAAUUGUGCAGGUUUUUAUUAACUAUAAUAUUUUUAUAAAAAAUAUUAAUUUCAACCUAAAUAAAAGUGUUUUAUAAGCCAAAGAAAGAAAAAAAGCCAACUACUGACGCCAACCAGCUGCCGGUAAAGGCAGAGAAGAAAAAAAGUCUCAAAACAAAAAAAAGGAGCAGUUCUAGACUCACAUAAUGGAGGAAGAGUUAAUUUUAAAACAACCUACCGAUAGACGUUUGGGAGACAACAAUAGUUUACCGCCAGGACCACCCGGUGCAGAAUAUGAUGUGGAGCCGUUUGAGACAAGCAAGCCAGCACCCAAGCCGCCUACUAUGGAAAAAGAAAAUACGGCUUCAGAGCGAUCAUCCAGAAGACGUUCGCCCUCGGGUAGUCCACCACCGGCACGUAAACGUAAAUCUCCUUCACGUGGCAGACGUUCACCCUCACCUCCGUCUCGAGGAGGUAGGGGACGACGUUCUCCCUCCCCUAGGCGCAAUCGUUAUCGUGACUAUUCACCCGAUAGACGUCCCCGUUAUGGCGGUAGACGUUCACCCGAUCGUAGACGUUCUCCACCCAGACGUGGAGGCGGACGUGAUCGUUAUCGUGGCAGAGGCCGCAGUUCAAGUCGUUCUAUAAGUCGCAGUCCUACACCGCCCAGACGUGGUGGUGGUGCUUCGGGACGUUGGUCUCCCAAAAAGAAACCCAAUACACCGCCUCAACAGCAAAGCAGUAAUCUAACGCGGCAAUUAUCGCAACCACCACCUACCACUAAUCAGCCGCCUCCACAAUAUGGUGUUAUGGCACCACCACCACCUCAACUCUAUGGUGAAGCGUAUGGACCACCACCUGGUUAUCAACAAUAUGGUGUACCACCUCCUCAAGCGGGUUUUGUACAAAGCAAUGAUGCUUAUGUAGCCAUGCAGGCAGCGGGAACAGGAUUUAAUACAGCCUAUCCACCUCCCGGAACCUGGGCUGUGGAUGCUUAUGGUCAACAACAAUGGCUGCCACCACCUACCCAAAUGCAACAAAUGCCAGCACCACAACAACCACCACCACCAGCUCUAGUAGUACAACCUACUACACAAACACAAGUGGCUACAAAUGUGCCACCACCAAAUGUUACCGCAGCAGUAGUUAACAAACAUGCAGAAGAUGCUACCGGUCCCUUGGAGCCCAAUCCCCAACAUGAUGCUGUGGCCCAAGAAGCUGAAAAUCAACGUGAUGAAUUGAAAAAGCAACGCACUAGUUAUUUGAAAAAGACAACAGUUUUAAAAAAGGAAUUGAAAAUGUUAAAAGAACAACGUAAAGAUCUACACACAGGCGGUGCACCAGCUUCACCCACUACCAAAGGCUUUAUAGAUGAAAAUGAAAAGUUACAGAAUCAAAUUCAAAAGAAAUUAAGUACCAUUGAAAAUGUUAUCGAUAUGUUAACUGGUAUAAUUGGUGAAGAAAAUCUCGAUAAAGAUGAUGAACCUUUAGAUGAUGAUGAUGAUAUUAUUUUAAAAGAAGCAGCUUUAUCAUCAAUACAAAAAUCUCAUAGUGUUGGUGGUGGUGGUGGUGGUGGUGGUGGUGGUGUUAGUGAACGUACUAGUGGCUCUAGUCAAAAUUCUAAUACAUUAAAUACAUCUAAUAAGAAAAAAACUAGAAGUUCUUCAUCAUCUUCAGAUAGUUCUUCAGCUACGACAUCAUCAUCAUCAUCGGAUUCUUCAUCUUCGUCGGAAACAGAACAAGCUGUUAAUAAAAAUGAUGAUGAUGAUGAUAAUGAGGAAGAUGAUGAUAGUUCACCGGAACGUUUAAAGAAAAAAGUUAUUGAAUCUAUGAAGAAUAAGGAUAAAGAUAUAACACGCUCUAAACAAGAUCUUAAGGGACCCAAUAAAAAAGAACGUUUCAAUUAUGUCUUCUAUGAUCCCGAAAUGCAUUGGUGUCAGACAUGUAAUGUCUUUCCCAAAACAGCUAAAGAUUAUCUUAAUCAUUUGCAUACAAAAAAUCAUAUGGAUAGAGAAAGUAUUGAAACACCCUGGCAUACAGAUAUGAUAACAGAUCAAUUUCCUACAUAUGAAAAUGCUCCUACCAAGAGAACACCCAUAAGAGGUUUAACUUUCUUUGUACCAGCGACAGCAUGGUUUUGUAAAUUAUGUAAUAUAUGGAUGGGUGACUUACACUGUGCUUCGACACACUUGAAAUCACAAUUGCAUGCCAAUCGUUAUAAUGCCUUCUUAGAGGAGAAUCCUCACUACGAAGUCAAUUGGUUGGCUGAUCGUCAAAUUGUCUUGAAUGAACAAAAAUCUACACCUUUGCCGCAGCAAAUCACUUCUGUUUCUACUACGGCUGCUGAGCGCAAGAAAAGCAAAAAGGAUGAUGAUAAAACUAAUAAGAAACGUAAAAAGAAAAGUGAUAAGAAACAGAAAAAGAAGAAAAAGAAAUCAAAUAAAAAACGCAAGAAGGAUAGUGAUAGUAGUUCAUCGUCGAGCAGUGAUUCCUCAUCCUCUACGGAUAGUGAUGAACCGAAAAAGAAAAAAAUUCCCCCCGUAACGGUGGCCGAUCUAGAUAAUCCCAAUCCAGCAGUAUCGAUACGACUAUCAAUGCGUAAACAGGAAAAUAUUAAAAAUGAAGAAGAACAGGCACCACCACCGCCUCAAUUGAAAAUGAAACAACAAUCACCGGCUACUCAGCCGCCAGCUGGAGGUAAAUGGACUGUAGUACAGGAGGGUGUACGCAAUAAAGAUGGUGAAAAGCCUCAAGAUGCCGAUGAUUCGAUAAUACAACAAUGGAAUACCGUGCAACCGGUAAUAAGUGAAAGUGAAAAGAAACUAUUGGAACAGUUGAAGGGAAAAUUGAAAAAUAAAUCAAAGGAUGAACAACAAAGUCGCAGUUCAACGGCUCAGAGAGUAGAAAGUGAAAAUCGUGACAGAGAUAGAGAACGUGAUAAGGCAGUCGAACGGGCUGGCGGUGAAAACAGAAGUGAACGUUCCGAUCGAAGAGACAGAGAUGGUGGCAGAGAUCGUGAGCGGGACAGGACCAGAGAUGAUAGACGUACCAGUAGACGUUCACGCACCCGUAGUCCUACACGCAGUCGUAGCCGUGGACGUGAUUAUCGCCGUAAUGUUAGACGUUCUCGUUCUCGCAGUCGAGGACGUAUGUCACCACGCAGUUGGCGUAAUCGUAAUAGACGUAAUGAUCGUUCACGUUCCCGUUCUUUACGUAGACGUACACGUUCUCCUUAUGAUCGUCGCAGACGUUCUUCUCGUUCUCGCUCACGUUCUGGUGGCAGCAGUCGUGUUGAGAAACCCGUAGUAAGACCCGCUGAGUUUAGACCUCGAGUACCGGAAAAAGACAAGGAAAAGGAUAAGAAAUCAUCAGAUAAUAAAGAUAAAAAAGAUAAACCCAAACCUAAAAGCUCCAGUUCAUCAUCGACAAGUGCCGCUUCGGCAGCAGGAGGUAAAAAACUACCGUUUAUAGGUAAAAUGCCGGUAUUUAAGAAACAAACCUCAGGGGCUGGCGGUGAAAUGGGUGAUAAAACUACUAUGGAUGCACAACAACAGCAACAACAAGCCGCCGGUUAUAUGUACACUAUGGAUGCUAGCGGCGGAGCCUUUGGUCGUCCACCCGCACCUACAGCUGCACAAAUACAAAUGGCCAUGAUGGAAGAUGCUUACGGUAAUGCACCACCUUUUCAUCCUGAUGCCGGUAUGAUGGUCGACUAUGAUGAUCUUAUGCCCGAUCCUGUACAAUUUGUUAAUAUAAUGGGUCAAGCACCACCACCGCCUCCACCACAAGAGGCUGAAGAUGAUAAAGAUAUGUUACCGCCCGGUAUAGAUGUAGAAGAAUCAGAAGAGUUUGUACCCAAACCAAUAACAGAAGCGCCACCGCCUGGUAAGGGACCAUUGCCUAAAGACUUGGAAGAUGCUUUGAAUAUUAUAUUCCCCGGCGAAAAGAAACCCGGUGAGGAGAGUGACAAUGAGGAGGAGGAGAAGAAUAAAACUAAAGGCGAAACUCAAAUUAUCAAUGACGAGGCUGUCAUGCAGCCCGAAGAAUUAGCCAAAGAUGGCAUACAUUUAGUAACAUUCGAAGAGACUUCUCAGUUGGGCUUAGACGAGGCCUCACAAAUGUCCAUGAAUGAACCGUUAGUAUUCAAUAGGCCACCCUCUAAUCCCACAGCCGCUAAUGCGACCCUUAUCAGCAAUGCUGAUAUGGAACUAGAAGAUGAUAAUUCACAAAAUCAAUUAGAUACACAGCCACCACCACCAGCUCCCCCCCACAUUGAACCAAUCCCUAAAGUCAGCGAAAUUUCAGUACCUAGUCCACAAACUACAGCAGAAACUGACAAAGAGCAAACAAUAGAAAUGCCUGAUAUACCCAUACCCCCGGAAAUAGUAAACAGUAAACAUGAGAAAAUUCCAGAAAUUCCACAACAAGUGGAACAACAAAUAACCACUAAUACAGACAUUGAUUUAGCCGAUAUUCCUCAACCACCAGCCUCGCCCACAGAAAGCGAAAAGAAUCGUCGCCAAGAGGAAUUAGAUGAUUUGGCCAUGCUGGGCAUUGAUGCUGAUGAUAUGGCGGCACAAUGUAUAGAAUAAUGAAUGAAUUAAAUGAAAAAACAAAAACAAAACUUGCAAACAUUCUAAAUAUUUAACUAACUAAUUGCCUACAACAAACAUGAUUUAACUUUAACACACACAAACACAAAAAAGUGUUUUAAUUAUAUUUUAAUUAAAAUAAAACAUUUAAAUGUAAAACAUAUUGAAUUAAAAUUCAAAA